AAUAAGCAGGAGGAGGGGGAGGAGGCGGAGGAGCUCAGCUGUCGGACGCGUGUUUCCCUCACAGCCCGGUGGAGAUGGAGGAUCCCCGGAACACGAUCCUCUGAGAUCCGACCCCAGUCGCAACACUCGCGGCUCAUUGCGGCGUCUCCUCGAGGCUCGUCGAGGAAUGGGUGCUCUCCAGUCUGCGUCCGCUCUUCCAGAAUACGGUGAUCUGGCGGAGAAGACGGGAUUUUCAAUUGGAAAGAUCCGAGUCCUGCACAAAAGAUUCAAACAGCUGAGCCACCAUGAAGAAACUCUGCGGAGAGAUCACCUCAAUGACAUCCCAGAUCUUGCGUGCAACCCCAUCCGUGCACAGAUCGUAGAGGCUUUCUUUGACAGAAGAAACUACCAUCAGAACGGCGAGGGCCCGGUGCAGGAGAUCGGCUUUGAGGAGUUCCUGGUGGUCAUGUCCCAUUUCAGGCCCCCGUCUCUGCACAUGACGGAGGAGCAGCGUGAGAACGUCAGGAGGGAGAAGCUGAGAUUUUUAUUCAACAUGCACGACACAGACAACGACGGGACAAUAACCCUGGAGGAAUACAGACACGUGGUGGAGGAGCUGUUAUCUCGGAGCGGGGCUCUGGAGAAGGAGACGGCCAAAAGCAUUGCCGAUGCAGCCAUGUUGGAGGUGGCCAGCAUUUCAAUGGGUCACAUGGAGCCUGAUGAAUUCUAUGAGGGGAUCACAUUUGAGCAUUUCCUCAAGUUGCUGCAUGGCUUUGAAAUCGAAUCAAAAAUGAACAUUCACUUCUUGAACAUGGACACGUCGACCCUGUGUAAGUGAGGCUGGGACGUUAGUCGCUGACUCGGCGAAGACUCUGAGGACACACAUCGUUGUUUUCAUGAUAACAGCAGCUCUCGCCUGUUUCCUUCACCAACGUUUGGAGCUUCCACUGACUUUAUGCCUUACUCAUGUUUGAAUAACUAUGCAGAUCCAAAGAAAAUAUCAAUAUAUUAUUAUAUAUUAUAUUAUGGAGGUUUUAGGAUUAUUUUAUUUGACUGUAAGCAAUAAUAUGAGGCACUACAUGAUAUAAUAACCAGCCUGUAGUUCGACAAAGCAAUAAUAAAAUAUCCAUGUCUGGAGUAAUAGACGGAACGACUAUGCAUGCGAAGAUGGAUGCUACAACUGAUAAUGCCAUUAAUCAAUAGCACCCAAUAAUCAGGGAUAAAAGGGUUUGUCUUUAAAUGUAUAUGUCUAUAAAUCAUAGGACGACGAUAAGAAAUGCCUUCACGCUGACACUGCAGCAUAUUAAACAUGGCUCCUGCUAUGCACACGACAUUUGCACAAUAAAAAAAAAAACAUGAAAACAGGCCUGACUAUUUGAUGAUGUGCAUUUCUGAUAAAAAGGAAACGGGAGUGUGCGCUCAUGCGAGGUAAAAAAGGCCAAACGGCAUAAUCUGAUUAGUUCUAAGAACUUUCAGCAGGUCACACUUUGCUUUCUCAGAAAAGUCAGUGCACACUCUGGAGGGCGAGUGACUUGUGGAACUAACCGCACACUGAGUUAAAAGUGCGAACUGUGGUAUAUGUUCUAAUUAUAAUAUUUUAAAAUUAGAACCGUUUCUUGAAGAAUGCAGAGAAGUCACAACAUAAGGUGUCACAGAGAAUAUCCUCCCUCGUGAUGUUUCUUUAUCUUAAAUCCUACAAUUACGAGAGGAUCACGCAACCAGAUCCUUCUAUUCCAACAUUUAACACAAGUGUGAGCAAAGCGUUUAUAUUUUCAUCAUAUUAGAAGUUUCAAGAGCUAUUUCUAAUCCUAUUACUCCAAAUUACUUCCUAUUCCUUAAACACUUUAAGAACUGAAAUCCCCCUGGAAUCAAAAUCCUUUACAGGAGGGAGAAGGGGCAAAGACAGAAAUAAUAAAUGCAGGUGAAUUAUAAAAGUGUGAUCAGGGGCAGUUCCCCUAAUCUUCCAUACUCUUGUCCUUUCAUGGAGAUCUGCUGUUCCACUGACCUGCACUGACUUCCCCAUGCUGUUCCUGUGACUGCACUGUGUUAAUGCAUAUGUGUUGUAUGUUGCUUUAAUACUCACACGUUAACUAAACGUUGUCUAGUUUUGUUUAGUCGAGCUAUAAAUGUAGAGAAUGCAGAAUAGCCAGCAGUACUGCUCAUGCACUGUGACGUCAGACUCCAGCCAAGCUCUGCAGUUUACUGCCCUCUGCAGGACAAAAGAUGGAAAAGCAAGUUGAAGCGUGAUGAACUUGAACCUGAUUCUUUUUGGGUGUAAUUUCAGAUUAUGUCAAAUCUGUGACGCAGCGGUUUUAAACAUGAUACACUUUGAGUCAUUUUCUUCCUUGUUCUUCAGUAUUUUAAUGUUUACGUUCGUCACAAGCCCAGGACAUGAUAUCAUUUUGUUUUUUAAACUGCGGGAAACCACAAAUGGGGAAGUGGCCUCAAACGUUUGGAUCCUACUAUAAAUCCCGAAAGCAAUGGCAUCUGCAAGUUUAAAGCAAACGGCUCAGUAAUUUUUAAGGGAUUUUUUUUCAACAUUUUCCUUGAUUUCUCAUAGAAUAAUUCAUAGGUCUUGAAUAAGAAUAUAGAUCAGGCAUAUUUGAGGGACUGCAAUUUGUUGCAGAUCCAAGUGAGAAGCUGAUUUUUUGCAUCCCUCCACCCUUCAGAAAUGUUAUUCCUGACCUGCUACCUUAGAAGUCAACACGUUCUCAUAGUAGUGUGCUGCAGACUGAUGGCAGAUCAGGUCCUGUGAAGUGAAAAGGAAUAAAUAACCUAGACUGGAGAAUAGGCGUUGUCCUAACGUACCCUCUGUGUUUGUGCUUUAAAUAAAGCAGAGUUAUAACGAGGAACUUGAUUCAUGACCUAGAGUGAAUCCCCCAUCUACUUCCAGUUUCCUGAGAGCUUGUGAUUUCAGGAAAGUUUAGUUGGCAUUACUUGGUUUCAACAAAAACUUCUAGAAUCUGUGAUUUACAUGUGAUUCGUUUACAAGCUGCUGUUCAUCAACUAAAAUAAAGGUGUUCUGCAUCAUUUCAA